ACUGUGCUGUGGGAAGUGAACUGCAUCUCCAUACUGACGAAAGAAUUCCUCAUGUAGGUUUGUAAAAGUUAUUAGAAGAGGUGUUUUAAUGAGUCCUUUUUGAUCAAACAUGACCUCAAAGUUAACCUUUGAACUUAUAGAAGGAACAAGUGUUUGUGGAUUAGCACGGAUCAGUUUAAAAUAAAACUUCAGCCCUCAUCCAGACAUGAGAGACAGCUUUGAGUAAUGCUUUUGUCUAAAAUCUGUUUUCUAUAAUAGUCACAGUAGAAACAUGCACAAUAGACAUGCUGAAAAAAGUGGAAAAAAUGCAAACAACAGGACAUAACAUGUUUUUAUCCUCUGGGCCUCCAGGUCAGAAGGUCACACUUUAACUGGCCCACAAAAAAAUCUAAUUGAUUGGCUUCCUAUAGUCCCUGCUUCAUCCAUAAUACCUCGUCAUUAAGAGAAAUGUGUUUGUAAAGCAUCUUUCAAGGCCAACGUCAGAACGUGCCUGGCAACAAAUGAAAAAAAAUUAAAUACAGUAUAUCAGAUACAUGAACAACACAAAGUCUUACAUAUAAUUACUCAAAUGCCUGUCUGAGUAGGAAUGUCUAGCCUUUUUUAAAAGCCUCUUCUGAAUCAGUAAAACAAAGAGAUAAGUGCAACUCAUGCCACCCCACCCCAAAGGCCUGGUUUCCACUCAUUUUAAAAUGAGACACCACCAGCAGUCUGUUCCAAAGUCCUACGGGUUGAAAGAGUGGGUCAGUAAAAGUUUUAACAUGUGCCGGGGUGCAUUGCCAUUUACAUUUUAAAACUGACUCGAAAGUCAACAGGGAGUCAGUGAAGAUAUAUUAAAGUUAGGGGAUAUGAGAUCUCUUUCUGGAAAUAUUAAAAGACACGCAGCUGCAUUUAGGACAGAUCACAACCAAUUAUUAGUCCAAAUCUGCAAAAUAACUAGUAACUAAAGAUUUAAAAUAAAUUUAGACUCAGCUCAGCUCACUGCGAAAAACAAAGGCUGUGGUAAACAAACCAGCAGGGCCGGUGAUGGUAGCGUCUCUUUCCUUUAAAGUGUCCAAAACAGGCAGUUAGAUUAGAGGAACUAUUUCCCUAUGACGACUAACACGCACACUUUAAAAUGAUCCAAAGCACAUCAGCAAAUCUACAACAGAAUGGUUGAAAAAUAAAAGAAUGAAGGUGCUGCAAUGGUCCAGUCAAAGCCCAGACCUCGGUCUGAGUGAAAUGUUGUGGAGGAACUUUAAGAGAGCUGUGCAAAACAAAUACUUGCAAAACUCAAUGAACUGAAGCAAUGCUGUAAAGAAGAGCUGGAGAAAAGUUUCUCAAGAAUGAUGUGACAGACUGAUAAAGUCAAAAAAGAAAAUGAAUAACUAGUAUUUCUGCUAAAGUUGGUUCUGCAAGCUAUUGUAUCUGUUUGCAUCAUAAGGGACCUCAAAGGCCAGAAACCCCAUCACUGGCCAAAACAGACCCUCAUCUGACCAAUGAACUUUCCUGAUGUACUUUUUUCUUGGCCCUGGGCCAUCGGGUCAUCGAUUAGGUUGACCUCUGAAAACAUUUGGCAGUUUUUCAGUUAGGGCAUGUAAAGUAUAGGCGUGAUACAUCGCUUGUCUACUGUUAAAUAUUUUCCUUUGUCAUCAAAAAUGUUUUAAAAGAGGAAAAUAUGAUAUAACGUUUUUAAGAACCAAAUAAAAGAAAUACAGAUGUUAAAGGUUACAGCUGAAGGACAAUGUCAUAAUGGGUCAUUUCUCCCUUGUAUUAACUGUAGUGUCAACAUUUUAAUCAAUAAGCUUGCACUUCAGCAGUUUGAAUGGAACAUAUGGAGUGAACACCAUUCCCAACUUUGGUUUGAAUUUUUCAACUUGACAUCAUGCAGCCUGAACUAUACUCAAAAUAUAAUCUAAUUUUAAUUUAAACCGAAUUAGAAAGCUGAAAUGAUAGUUUGAUGUCAACAAGGAGAUCUAGUGUAAUGGCUCUGAUCCCAUUUGUUCUGUUAUCAAUGCUCGUCAUCGAUUUUCCAGUCGGUUCUUCUCAGCUAUAGCGUGGCAUUGAUUGGUUUCCAGUGUCGGGGAAAGUUGCACAGUCACAUGCGAGCAGCAGGACAGUCCUCCGCUGCGUGCCAGAGUGAAGGCUUCAAUACUGACAUCUGCAGCCACAACAGAAACACAGAGUACUUUUGUUUUACUCAAAUAUGAAAGAGGAGACUGAAUGUUUUCGAAGACACUUGUCCAAAAAGUGUUUGAAAUGAUGGAUAUUUUGGAUGCGUAUAUAUGGUAAAGGAACAUCUUACUUUGAAGUUUCAAAUCAGGACAGCAAAGCUCAAUGUCUGACUCAGACCUCAUGAAGGGUGGGGGACCGGCCAUCAGGAGCCCUGAAUGCCGUUCAUCUCCGACUCCUCGAAUGGAGUUCCGCGGCUCCUUCAAAGUGGGGGAGCGCUCGCCCAAUGUCACAGAGAAGGUCACACAGGUUCUCUCUUUGGAGUCUGAUGUGCUGCCUGAAUACAAACUCCAGGUACCAGAAACGACAUGGUGGAUCUUGCUUCACUACAGCCCCUUUAAGGCAUUUUGGGACUGGAUUAUUCUCCUUCUGGUCCUCUACACAGCUGUUAUUACUCCUUACUCAGCUGCCUUCCUGUUGGCUGAAAAUGGGGAUUUACGCCAAAGGAGUUGUGGCUACACAUGUAACCCUCUAAAUGUGGCAGAUCUUAUGGUGGACGUGCUGUUUAUUGUGGAUAUAAUCAUCAACCUUCGGACGACCUAUGUGGACCAAAAUGACGAAGUAGUCACGCAGCCGAGCCAGAUAGCAAAGCAUUACAUCAAAGGCUGGUUCCCUAUUGAUUUGUUUGCAGCAAUCCCGUUUGACCUUCUCAUUUUCAGAUCAAGCUCGGACGAGAUGGCAACCUUAACAAGCCUCCUGAAAACAGCUCGGCUAUUGCGAUUGGUCCGUGUGGCAAGAAAGCUUGACCGAUAUUCUGAAUAUGGUGCUGCUGUCCUCUUCUUGCUCAUGUGCACCUUUGUACUCAUCGCCCACUGGCUAGCGUGCAUGUGGUAUGCCAUUGGCUUUGUGGAGAGGCCGUACACCGAGACUGGUUGGCUGGACAACCUGGCUGAGCAACUUGGAAAGGCGUACAAUGAAACCGACUCCAGCUCUGGUCCUUCAGUCAAAGACAAGUACGUCACAGCUCUGUACUUCACCCUGAGCAGUUUGACGAGUGUGGGGUUCGGUAAUGUGUCUCCAAACACAAACUCAGAGAAGAUGUUCUCCAUCUGUGUCAUGGUCAUUGGAUCUCUCAUGUAUGCCAGCAUAUUUGGCAAUGUAUCUGCCAUAAUCCAGCGGCUGUACACUGGUACAACCCGGUACCACACCCAGAUGCUGAGAGUCAAAGAGUUUAUCCGCUUCCAUCAGAUUCCAGGUAGUCUGCGCCAACGACUAGAGGAGUAUUUCCAGCAUGCAUGGACAUACACAAACGGAAUAGACAUGAAUGCUGUGUUAAAGGGAUUUCCAGAGUCUCUGCAGGCAGACAUCUGUUUGCACUUGCACCGCUCUCUGCUACAGAACUGCAAGGCUUUCCAAGGAGGCAGCCAAGCAUGUCUCCGUCUCUUAUCUGUGAGAUUCAAGACAGUCCAUGCACCUCCUGGAGAUACUCUGAUUCACUAUGGAGACAUCCUCGACUCUCUCUUUUUCAUCUCACAUGGUUCCAUCCAGGUCACCAGAGAUGAUGUAGUGGUGGCCAUAUUAGAGAAGAAUGACAUCUUUGGUGAGCAUAUCCACCUUUAUGAUGAGCCAGGGAAAUCAAGUUCAGACCUACACACCAUCACCUACUGUGAACUGCACCGCAUCCUUAGGGAUGACCUUCUUGAGGUCCUGGAUAUGUACCCAAGCUUUGCAGACAACUUCUGGAGGAACCUGGAGAUAACCUUUGACCUGAGAGAUGCUGAUCAAGAGCCACCAGUAAUAAUAGAUGAUGAUUCUGGUGAUGACUGUGAAUACCACCACAAACCAAGAUGCAAAAUACACUCACUGGACUGCAGAAAUAGGCCAGAUGGAAUUGAUCAUGAAGACUCGUAUCCCCUUCAGGCCUGCCAUCAGUCAUUUUCUCAUGCCUGCUGGGAGGACCGUUGUAGCUGUGGAUCGCCAUGUUCGCAGGCAAGUGAGGACUUUGAAAAACCUCUUGCCCAUGGUGCCAAAACAGAGCAUUACUCUGCAGAAGCUGACAGGCAGGAUUACUCUUCAUCUGCACUACAACUGCACCCCCAAAGUGGCACAUCAGUGGGGAAGGAUGCAGUGUUUGACCGGGGUCCCCAAGCCUCAUCUCUGAAUGUGCCAGGGAUGUAUCAAUACUGGUCAGACAGACAAUCACAGCAGUUUUCCAGUCAAGCCUGGCGAUCACCUUCUGUCCGCAACUCAUGCCACCCACCACCAUUCACAGAAGAAAGGCCCAGUGAACUUGAGACACGCCUUGAAAUUUUGCAUUCACAGCUCAACAGACUGGAGACUCGCAUGACAACUGACAUCAGUGUUAUUCUGCAGCUUCUCCAGAGACAGAUGGCCCCUGUACCUCCAGCUUACAGCACUGUAUCAUCUAGUACUCUCCAUGCUGAUUCCCCUGGUCUGUAUGGGGCUGGAACUCCAGUGCUGCAUAACAUGUAUCCCAUUUCCCCCAUACAAAUGGACACCCUAGCACCGACACAGACCUCGGCUGAGACAGACCUUAAGCAGACCAGCAAAUCCCAGGACUCACUGUCCAGUGGGAUCCACGUGACUGCGGCAUCUGAUGACACCAUGUUCAUGGCUAUCACCCCUGAAACUGACACACAUACUGGGCUAACUCCUCAGCUACCCCAGCCAUCAGUCAAAUCCUCCCUCAUGGACAGUUCCAGGCUGUGUGGUAACCUCCACUACCCCUCACUACCAGAGAGCCUGGACAUACAAUCACGAUUGGCAGAGAUCCAGAAACACCUCUCGGAUCCUGUCCUCCCCAUCGUCUGACAGUCAGUGUCACCUACUUCUUAAAGACAUUUAGAAGGAGCUCUGUGACCAGUCCAUCCGUUUGUCAUUGAAGAAUUAUUUAUAAUUACACUUUUUACUUUACUAUUACUUUGGACAUUGGACAGUGUUGAACACAGACAGUGCUUGCAAACAAGGAUUGUACACACUGCCCAGCCAAAAAACAGCAGUCACCAUGUGGAUUUACCUAACCAAAUACGAAAGACCCUCCCACUGGAUUCGGGGUCUAGGUUCACCAAUGUUAUGUGCCCAAAAAAUGAGGUCAGCUGACUACCUGAAUAUACAGAAUGAUUUUUUUUCUCUGAUGAUGGCACGGGAAUAUACCAAUCUGACAAUGCCAGGAUUCACCAGGUUUAAAAUGAGCGGUUCAGAGAACAUGGAGGAUAGAUUGGCUACCACAGAGGCAAGACCUUAACCCCAGUGGGAAUCUUUGUGUGUGCUGGAGAAGACUUUAGCAGUCUGACUCCCCCAUCACCAAUCAUCAAUACAAUUUUUUGGUGAAAGAUUAAUGCAAUUCUGGAUGGAAAUGAAUAAUAAUUAUCACUUCUUAAAACCAUGGGGAAAGUGUGCCAUCAUCAAAGCUAAAGCCAGCCCAAUGAAAUAUUAGCAUGUGACUUGUUCUUUGGCUGGGCGGUGUACUUCCUUCACACUUGCCUAAAGAAAUAAACUUGAAAACACUUAAUUCUUUUGAAUGAACAACUAACAGAAAGGUUGUUAUAUUUUAUAUAGAUAACUGCUAAUCCAGAAAUGUCACCUCAGCAACCUUAGUGAGUUCAUGUAUCCUGUUCAUGUAUGGAUAAUGAUCUUUUUAAAUUCUAAAGAAUUUCCCUGCAGACCCAUUUACUCUAGCCUGACCCAAUACUGACACUUUGAGUCCACUAUGUUUAAUGUAAAUAUUUAGAGAAUUAUGUUGGCCAAGAUUAAUCAGGUUAGGCUUGGUUUUAUACACCUGUAGCAAUCAGACUGAAAAAAUAUCCAAAUUCAAAGAUUAAGAGGUGGCUGAUAAUUUAGUUCACAUAAAGUAUCUUUAAUAUAAUGCACUGCAUUGCAUAAACCCGCAAAGUUGUGUUAAGUAAUUUUAAUUUUAUGUCAGCAACAAUAGAAAAUAAUGAAGAGGGAAUAGAGAUAAGCUGAAUUAAACAGCAGUUACCGA